AUGCGGACGAAAGACCUUCGCUGCUGGGUAUAUCUGUCGAGCUCGAUUAUUCUAUACCAGGGUAGUCGGUUCGCAGAUCGCCAAGGCAACUUUGCUCUUUGCACCCUCUUGGUUGGAAUCCUCAUCUUUGGAGUCAUACCAGUAUCGGCAUCCUCUAACACUGAUAUUCCGUUCUGCGGAACGCGGAAAGUUGCCAAGUAUACCACAGUUCUACGCCUAGCUACCCCUGAGUCAGCAUCCAGGGAUCUUGUCUACGGAGCUACACCUCGAUUAAGCGAGAUGGCGGACGGCGGUGAUCCCUGA